AAUUCCUAGGAGCGGUAUUGCUGGGUGAAAUGGUAUUUCUACUUUGAGCUCUUCGAGGAACCUCCAUAUUGCUUUGCACGGAGGUUGAACGAAUUUACAUUCCCACCAACAGUGUAGGAGGGUUCCCCUCUCUCCACAUGCUUGCCAACGUUUGUUGUGGUUUUUCUUUUGGAUGGUGGCGAUCCUUACUGGUGUGAGGUGAUAUCUGAUUGUGCUUUUAAUUAGCAUUUCUCUGAUGACAGGCCAUGUGGUGCAUCUUUUCAUGUGUCUAUUGGGCACCUGAAUUUCUUCUUUGGACAACUGCCUGUUCAGCUCCCCUGCCCACAUUUUUAUUGGAUUACUUGCUUUUUGUUUGUUGAGGUGUGUUAGCUCUUUCUAUAUUUUGGAUGUCAACCCUUCAUCGGAUCUGUCAUUGAUGAAUAUAUUCUCCCAUACUGGAGGAUGCCCUUUUGUUCUGUUGAUGGUGCCCUUUACUGAACGGAAGCUUUUAAGCUUGAUAUAGUCCCAUUUGUUCAUUUUUGCUUUUCUUUCCCUGGAGAGAUAUGUUCACGAAGAAGUCGCUCAUGUUUAUGUCCAAGAUAUUUUCGCCUGUCCGUCUCUAAGAGUUUUAUGUUUUCAUGGCUUCCAUUCAGGGGUUCGAUCAAUUUUGAAUUUACUUUUGUGUAUGGGGUUAGACAAUGAUCCAUGUUUCCUCCUUUUCUGCAGCCAUCACCUCCGGCUCUGGAGCAGUGACCCAGACCACCAGCUGUGGGGCCAGUACAUCAGGGUUUGGCAGCACCGUCUCUGCGCCCUUCACAUCCAGGGUGUCAGCAGGCCCCACUGGCAGUGGGGGCUUUGGGACAAGCGUGGCUGCCCCCCACAGCAGCUCCACCACUGGGGCAUUUGGCUCUGCGUCAGGACGGAGUGGGAGAACUGGUCUCAAGAACCCUUUCUGGGGAUCCUUGAAUCCAGACUCCCUGGGUGCAGCUGGCCAGAGCACACCAUCUGCUUUCCGUGUGGCCAGCACGCAGCAGAACACGCCCGGGUUUUCAGCCAUCACCUCCGGCUCUGGAGCAGUGACCCAGACCACCAGCUGUGGGGCCAGUACAUCAGGGUUUGGCAGCACCGUCUCUGCGCCCUUCACAUCCAGGGUGUCAGCAGGCCCCACUGGCAGUGGGGGCUUUGGGACAAGCGUGGCUGCCCCCCACAGCAGCUCCACCACUGGGGCAUUUGGCUCUGCGUCAGGACGGAGUGGGAGAACUGGUCUCAAGAACCCUUUCUGGGGAUCCUUGAAUCCAGACUCCCUGGGUGCAGCUGGCCAGAGCACACCAUCUGCUUUCCGUGUGGCCAGCACGCAGCAGAACACGCCCGGGUUUUCAGCCAUCACCUCCGGCUCUGGAGCAGUGACCCAGACCACCAGCUGUGGGGCCAGUACAUCAGGGUUUGGCAGCACCGUCUCUGCGCCCUUCACAUCCAGGGUGUCAGCAGGCCCCACUGGCAGUGGGGGCUUUGGGACAAGCGUGGCUGCCCCCCACAGCAGCUCCACCACUGGGGCAUUUGGCUCUGCGUCAGGACGGAGUGGGAGAACUGGUCUCAAGAACCCUUCCUGGGGAUCCUUGAAUCCAGACUCCCUGGGUGCAGCUGGCCAGAGCACACCAUCUGCUUUCCGUGUGGCCAGCACGCAGCAGAACACGCCCGGGUUUUCAGGUGAGAUUUGGAAUGGGCUCGGUCUGCCGUGCCAGGCGCUGUCUUAAGUGCUGACACAGUCUCCGC